AUGUAUAAAUACAACAUACUUUCAAGAUUUAUUGGUGUACAAUACAUAGUCUUUUUUGAAGUCAGCAUUGGAGUCAUAGCCAACAUGGUACUGCUACUCUUUCAUGUCCUAAAAUUCCUUCUGGAGCACAGGCCCAAGCCUACUGAUCUGAUUAUUGGUCACCUGGCUCUUAUACAUGCUGGGAUGCUUCUAACUUUGGGCUUCAUAGCUAUAGAUAUAUUUGGGUUUCAGAAGUUGGAGGAUGACAUCGCAUGUAAAUGUGUUAUCUAUUUGCACAGAUUGAUGAGGGGCCUCUCUGUCUGUACCACCUGCCUGCUGAGUGUCUGCCAGGCCAUCACCCUCAGCCCCAGAAGCUCCUGUUUAGCAAAGUUCAAACAGAAAUCCCUACAGCAGAACCUGUAUUGCUUUGUCUUCAUAUGGGCCUUCAAUAUGCUCAUCAAUGGUCAUUUCUUAAUCUCCACUGUUACCACUUCCAAUGUGACCUUAGGCAGUCUCAUGUUUGUCACUCGAUCCUGCUCCUUUUUGCCUAUUAGUUCCUCUCUGAAAUACACAUCUAUCUCACUGCUGAGUUUCCAGCACAUGACCUUUAUAGGGCUCAUGGCGCUCUCAAGUGGGUACAUGGUGAUUCUCUUGUGCAGGCAUAAAAGACAGUCCCAGCAUCUUCACAGCACCAGUCUGUCUCCAAAAGCAUCUGCAGAACAAAGGGCCACCAGGAUUAUUUUGGUGCUCAUGAAUUUAUUUAUUGUCAUGUACAUUUUGGACAACAUUAUUUCCUCUACUUCUUACAUGUUGUGGAACUUUGACCAAAUUCGUCUUUGCAUCCAGAUUCUGGUUGGCAAUGGCUAUGCCACAAUCAGUCCUUUAGUGCUCAUGAGAACUGAAAGAGUGAUGACAUUUUUUAGAUCCAAAUAG